AUGGCAGCUCCGCAGAUGCGCCGGGACUGCAGAGGGCGAGCCCUGCUUUGUCUGCUCCUGGGGAUCCUGUGGAAGAUUGGGUCCGGACAGAUCCGCUAUUCGGUGCCCGAGGAAAUGGAAAAGGGCUCUUUCGUGGGGGACGUGGCCAAGGACCUGGGAUUGGAGCCCCGGGAGCUGACGGAGCGCCGAGUCCGCAUCGUCUCCAGAGAGAUUCUCGUAGAGGACAAAGUGAAGAUUUACGGGAUAGAAGUGGAAAUAACCGAUAUUAAUGAUAACGCUCCCCGCUUCAUGGGAGAAGAAAUGGAAAUAAAAAUCAGUGAGAGUUCAGCUGUGCGAUCCCGAUUUCCCCUUCCGGAAGCUCAUGACCCGGACGUGGGGGCGAACUCCCUGCAGGGCUACCAGCUCAGCCCGAACAGGCAUUUUUCUCUGGACGUGCAAGACGGAACUGACGGGUCCAAGAAUGCGGAGCUGGUGCUGGAGCGGGUCCUGGACCGGGAGGAGGAGGCUGUUCACCACCUCGUCCUCACGGCCUUGGACGGGGGAGAUCCGGUCCGCUCGGGCACCGCGCGCAUCCGUGUGACAGUGGUGGAUGCGAAUGACAAUGCGCCGGUGUUUACUCAGUCUGUGUAUCAGGUGAGUAUUCCGGAGGAUGCUCCCGUAGGCACCCAGGUGGUCACGGUAAACGCCACGGACCCGGACGAGGGAGUCAACGCCGAGGUGACGUAUUCAUUCAGGAAAAUAACGGAUAAAACCUCCCGGAUAUUCCAGCUAAACACGGUAACUGGAGAAAUAUGCACUUUGAAAAAUCUUGAUUACCAGGAAUCCGAAUAUUAUGAGAUGGAAGUUCAAGCACAAGACGGACCUGGUCUCCUCGCAAGAGCGAAAGUGCUGGUGACGAUAGUGGAUGUUAAUGACAACGCCCCGGAAGUGACUAUCACAUCUCUGACCAGUUCAGUCCCCGAGGACUCGCCCCCGGGCACGGUAAUUGCACUUUUAAACGUGCACGACCGAGAUUCCGGGGACGACGGCCUCGUCACGUGUUCCAUCCCCGAUAAUCUGCCCUUCAAAUUGAAAAAAUCCUAUGGAAAUUAUUACAGUUUAGUGACAGACAAUGCUCUGGACAGGGAGUUGAUUUCGCAUUACAACGUGACGGUGACAGCCACAGACCGAGGGUCCCCGCCCCUUUCGGCACACACUUACAUCACCCUGCAUGUGACAGAUACCAACGACAACCCGCCUGCCUUCGAGCAGACAGCCUAUUCCGUCUACAUUCCCGAGAACAACCCCCGAGGCGCAUCCGUCUUCCGUGUGACCGCCCGGGACCCCGACAGCGAAGAAAACGCGCGAGUCACUUACUCCAUCAGUGAGGAGCCCGGCCAAGGACCUCCUCUGUCGUCCUACGUGUCCAUUAAUUCGGAGACAGGGGUCUUGUACGCUCUAAGGUCCUUCGAUUACGAGCAGUUCCGAGAGCUGCAGCUGCUGGUCACCGCGCGGGACGGCGGGACCCCGGCCCUCAGCAGCAACGUGUCGGUGACUCUGCUGGUCCUGGACGAGAACGACAACGCCCCGGAGAUCCUGUACCCGUCCUUGCCCACCGACGGCUCAACCGGGGUGGAGUUGGCCCCGCGCUCGGCCGAGCCGGGAUACCUGGUGACCAAAGUGGUGGCAGUGGAUGGCGAUUCGGGCCAGAACGCCUGGCUGUCCUACCGUCUGCUCAAGGCCACGGAGCCGGGCCUCUUCUCGGUGGGGCUGCACACGGGCGAGAUCAGGACGGCCCGGAGCUUCCUGGACAAGGACGCCCUCAAGCAGAGCCUCGUGGUGGCAGUCAGGGACAAUGGGGAGCCCCCUCUCUCUGCCACCGUCACUGUCACGGUGGCCGUGGCCGACAGCAUCCCUGAGAUCCUAUCGGAUCUGGGGAGCCUCUCGACGCCCGCAGACCCCGAGUCCAGCCUCACGCUGUACCUGGUGGUCGCGGUUGCCGCCGUGUCCUGCCUGUUUUUGGCCUUCAUCAUCGUGCUGUUGGCCCUGAGGCUCCGCAGGUGGCGAGCUGCGCGGCUGCUGGAGUCCUCGAGCGGGUAUCUGGGCGGCGUCCCAGCCUCGCACUUUGUGGGCAUCGACGGGGUCCGAGCUUUCCUCCAGACUUAUUCCCACGAGGUGUCCCUGACCACGGACUCCAGGAAAAGCCAGUUGCUCUUUCCGCAGCCCAAUUACUCUGACACUCUGACUAGCCAGCGGACUUAUGAGAAAAAAGAGCCCUUAUUAGUGCCUGAGGAUUUGAACCUGGUCAAAGAUGACCAGUCUGUCUUACAGAUUCGCUACUCGAUCCCCGAGGAGAUGGCCAAAGGCUCGGUGGUGGGGCAUCUGGCCGGGGAUCUGGGGCUCAAUAUCAGAGACGUGUCGGCUCGGAAGCUGCGGGUUAGUGCCGAGAAGCAGCUCUUUACUGUGAGCGCGGUCAGCGGGGACUUGCUUGUCAGCGACCGGAUAGACCGAGAGCAGAUAUGCGGGGAAAGGGUGCUGUGCGAACUACAGCUGGAAUCCGUGGUGGAAAAUCCCCUGAAUGUGUUCUAUAUCCAUAUCGCCAUUCAGGACAUUAACGACAACUCCCCCUUAUUCAAAAAAGAAUUUGUCGAUUUAAAAAUGAAUGAGUUAGCAUUACCGGGUGCCCGAUUUGGAUUGGAGUCGGCCGUGGAUCCAGAUGUUGGGAUGAAUUCCGUCGACACAUACCAACUCAGCCCGAAUCAGCACUUUUCUCUGGCGGUGAAGGAGAGUCCGGACGGUAGUAAAUUUCCGGAAAUUGUAUUAGCGAAGUCUCUGGACCGGGAGGAUCAGAGCUCCUAUCACCUACUUCUGACCGCUGUGGAUGGGGGAGAUCCGGUUCGCAGCGGCACCGCCCAGAUCCGGAUCAACGUCACUGACGCCAAUGACAACCCUCCCGUGUUCAGACAGGACGUGUACAAGGUCAGCCUGAGGGAGAGCCUGCCCCCUGGGUCCCCCGUGCUGCGGGUGGAAGCCACCGACCAGGACGAGGGUCUCAAUGCACAGAUCACCUUCUCCUUCAGCAACAUCGAGGACACCGCCCGGCAUAUGUUUAGCCUGGAUCCCAGGCAAAUAGGUACAAGAUGGAUGUGGAAGCGACCGAUGGAGGUGGUCUGA